GCGAUUCGCCAGAGGAAAAGGUGGCUCUAUGGCGUGAGCCCACCGUUGCCGGUGACUUUCGUCGACGGAGUUUGAGCAGAGAGAGAGUUGCUGAGUAACGGAAGGUGAAGCGAAAAAGGAAUAAGAUCAUCGAGAUCGGAAAUUUCACGCAUCUUUUGGUUGUAUCGAUCGACGGUCAAGUAUGAGCUUCCUCUUUGGCAGCCGAAAAACUCCCGCAGAGCUUUUGCGGGAGAAUAAGCGGAUGCUGGAUAAGUCCAUUAGAGAAAUAGAACGGGAAAGGCAAGGCUUACAAUCUCAGGAAAAGAAAUUGAUUGUGGAGAUAAAGAAAAAUGCUAAACAAGGACAGAUGGGAGCUGUUAAAAUCAUGGCCAAAGAUCUUAUCAGGACACGACAUCAGAUUGAAAAAUUUUAUAAACUAAAAUCUCAGCUCCAGGGCGUGGCUUUGAGAAUUCAGACACUGAAAUCAACUCAAGCAAUGGGAGAAGCCAUGAAAGGUGUUACUAAGGCAAUGGGCCAGAUGAAUAGGCAGAUGAACUUGCCGGCAUUACAGAAGAUAAUGCAAGAGUUUGAGAGGCAGAAUGAGAAGAUGGAAAUGACAUCUGAAUUAAUGGCAGACGCUCUUGACGAUGCUUUGGAAGGAGAUGAAGAAGAGGAGGAGACAGAUGAGCUUGUGAAUCAGGUGCUUGAUGAGAUUGGAAUUGAUAUUAACUCAGAGCUUGUGAAUGCACCCUCUGCAUCGGUGUCGGUUCCUACUGCAAAUAAUAGAGUUGCCCAAGCAGAAGCCACAGGAAGUGAAGAUACUGGAAUUGAUAGUGAUUUACAGGCUAGGCUGGAUAACUUGAGGAAGAUGUAGGUUUCAAUUAUGGGGAACUGAUAACACUCAGAUAAGAUACAUAAUAAAUCAUGUAUUGUUUAUAUUUGAAUUCUAAUCAACCAAGUUUGUAUUUGAAUAAUACAUUUGACAAGUAUGAUCUCUUGUUUGGAGAAGUGAGACAAUGUAUUCAGCACAUGUGAAUCUUGUGAUCA